AUGGCAGUUCAAGCACCAUCAAAAACUUAUGGUUUCCAAAAGGCUCCAAUACAACUUACAUUUGUCGUUGUAGGUGCCGGUCUCGGGGGAGUCGCCGCUAGUAUUUGCCUCAGAUUGGCAGGCCACAGAGUCAUUUUAUUAGAAGCAGCUACUGAAUUGGGUGAAGUUGGAGCUGGUAUUCAAAUUCCACCACCAUCAACCAAGAUUUUAAAAGCAAUUGGCGUAUUGGAUGCAGUUGAUAAAGUCUCGAUUCAUCCACAUGAUAUCUUGGUCAAGAAAUAUAAAGGUGAACUUUUAUCUACGCAAAACUUGGUGCCUUAUGUUCUGGAGAAAUACGAUGGAAUGUAUUUACAUAUUCACAGGGCUGAUUAUCAUAAAGUAUUGGUUGAUAGAGCCGAAGAAUUGGGGGUUGAAAUCCAUACAAAUUCAAGAGUUGUUGAUAUUGAUUUUGAAAAAGCAACUGUCACUACUGCAACUGGAAAACAAUACAGUGGUGAUGUCAUUGUAGGGUAUGAUGGAGUCAGAUCACAAACCAGAGCUUUAUUAACUGGUGACUCUUCUGGAGCUUACGAUACUGGUGAUUUAGCAUACCGUGCAUUGAUUAAAGUUGAAGAUAUGAAGAAAGUUCCUGGAUUGGAGAAAUUUUACGCCAACCCAAACAUCAACUUCUGGUGGGGUCCCACCAUGCACAUUGUCAUGUAUUUCUUGCACGAAGGUGAAAUCUGUAAUGUUGUUGCCUUGUGCCCUGACACAUUACCAAAAGGAGUUUUGAAACAAGAUGCAUCACAAGAGGAAUUAUUAGACUUGGUUAAAGGUUGGGAUCAAGACCUCACCACUGUUUUCAAAUUGAUUACAUCAGUGAGUAAAUGGCGUUUACAAGACUCACGUGAAUUGAAAACGUGGGUCAAUUCCAAAACUGGCAAUUUUAUAAUCUUGGGUGAUGCUUCCCAUUCAACCUUGCCUUAUUUGGCCAGUGGUGCAUCGCAAGCAGUUGAGGAUGGUGCUGUUCUUGCUGGAUUAUUCUCCAAGAUCGAACUGCGUGACCAAAUCCCUCAACUUUUACAAAUGACGGAGAAUUUGCGUAAAUGGAGAAGUUCUCAAGUGGUUAGAGGAUCUCAUCAAUGUCAAGAUAUUUAUCAUUUACCCGAUGGUGAAUUACAAGAAAUUAGAGAUUCUUAUUUGUAUGAUAAACAACCGGAAUUGGGAUGUCCCAAUAGAUUUGCUGAUCCAGUUUUCCAAGAUUUUCUUUGGGGAUAUAAUGCUUUUGAUGAAGUUGAAAGAGCUUGGAAGGAGUUUAAGGCUGGUGGUAAUCCAACUUAUACUUAUCCUAACUUGUAUAAACCAAAGAGUAGUGGUGAGAAGGAUGUGUCAGGUGGAGGAGCAGCAGCAACCCUUGCUGCUGGUAAUACCCCAGCUGCUCCAUUAAGUGCAUCAGGCUAA